GCCGCCGGCACACGCGCGACAGGCGUCCCGAGCACAGCCGCGUUUAGCCGGGGGCAGAUGUGUGUGGCGACUUCAUGUAAGCUAGGUGCAGAUGUGCUAGCCGUGGAUGCUAAACCAGCCUGGACCUGCCCAGUGGGACGUAAUGGUGACAAGUGAAGGGCCGCACGCAGCAGCAGGCGACAUGUGUGCGAUGUGUGAUGUUAGCGUAGCAGGUGUCAUGCUGUCGUUUCACUGUGAUCACCGGGACAUGACGAGGCUAAGCGGCGAGCUAACUUUAGCCAAGUCAGCCACUAGCUAACGGUGAAUUGGCAGACAAGGUGAGCCAGGUGAAUUCAGAACUGGUUCCUGUGCCGGCUGACUGGCCUGCAGUUCCUGUCGGUUCCUGUGCAGUACAGUAAAGCAACUUGCUCAGUCAGACAAUCAUAAUGAAACCAGCUCAGGAGCGGAACCAGGAGUCCCUGCCUCCGAAGAAGAGGGACCUCCCACUUAGCAACAGCGGUGGAGCUGGAGCGAGCGGGGGAGCUGGGGCUACAGGUGGAAGUGGUGCUGGUGGUACAGGUGGGGGUAUUGGAGAAGAUGAAGUGGUUUCCAUCCAGAACUCUGCAGCCAACAGUGACACUCAGGGAGGGAACCCAUCUGCAGAGUGGCUGCGAGCUCAGCAAGGACUUCAUUAUGGAGUGGAUAAUUCUGAUGGCAUACCAGCAGUCCCCGUUGACCAGUACAGCAUGCUCUACAAAGUGGCGCUUCCAUCUGUUACCUACUCGCCUACCAGUCUUCACCCAGUGUUGAGCCACAUCUCUCCAGCCUACACUGUUCAUUCUCCUCUCCUGCAGCACCCAGGACUUCCCUAUCCUCCUCUUGGUUACACCCAGAUCCCUCACUCCUCUCUGCAGUUUGUUAGUUCCCCAUAUGCAGCGGUACCUUACGCUCUCGCCCCUGGCUUUGUCCCAGGAUCGUUAAUCUCUCCUUCAGGCACCAUCUCUCAGCCCCACUCUGUGUCCCACCUUGUUCCCUAUCCAUCUGUCAUACAGGAAGGUGUCGUUUCCCCACCUCCCCAGGCCCAGGUAGCUGCUCACACCUUUGCCAAAGUUGCAGCAUCCAGCGGUGUCCCGAUGAUGCUGCCGCCAGAGCAAGCUUCCCAGCAGCACCUUGGUACUGUAGGUGUCCUGCCCACAGCCGAGCUCAGCUCUCGAGGGAUGCCAGUCUUCUACCACACUCAGGGCGCCAGGGCUGCCGUUGCCAUCCGAGACCCCCACGGUGCCCAGCAGGAGAAUGAACCAGAGAUGAAUGGUAGGGAUAAAGAGCAGGGAGCCCGGGAGUUUGCACUGGACUCGGCCUACGCUGCCAGAAAUGCACGUCUGCUGCAGGUAGCACCAAUCACUGCAGCACAGGAGCACAACCAGGACAGAGGUGUGCAGAACCGAAGGCUGGAGGAGAGGAGCUCACCUGGCCAGCGCAGCACUCCCGACAGUGACCUGGAGGUGCAGCAGGUGGUUGGACGUUUGGCUUCCUCUAACCAAGGUGGCAGCGGAGUGCGGAAAGAGGUCUCCUUCGCUCCCUUGAACCUCUCUCAGGGUCCCCAGAGAUCCAGAGAUGUCCUUGGAGAGAACACGGGCAUCACUUUCAGCCGGACGGCGUACGCGGUGCAGCCUGCGAGCUAUAGUGACCCUAGAAUGACCAGUCUCCAGCAGCAAACAGGACAACAUGCUGUUGUGCUUGCUAAUGGGCAACCAGUUCUUAUUCCCCUGGAGUAUCACCUGCAGCAUCAGCCCCAAGCACCACAGCAACACUACCCAGAAGUGGCAAAUGAUGCCUCAGCCAGCCAUGCCUCUACCACCAUGGCCUCUUUCAACCCAAACUUUAAAGCCUCCGAUUCUUCAGCCAGAGUGUGCCUCUCUGAAAAGGCGGAGCCGCCCACAGCGCAGCAGCAGCUUGCCCAUCAUCCUCCUGUCCAGCCUACAGCAGAUGUAAAUCAGGCCUUAGCUUCAAGCCUCGCUCCCACGCAGACUUCCAGCAAUCCGUCACACUUCAUGAAAGGCGCCAUUAUCCAGCUGGCAACUGGGGAACUGAAGCGUGUGGAGGACCUGCAGACUCACGACUUUGUGCGGAGUGCGGAGGUGAGUGGGGGGCUUAAGAUUGACUCCAGCAUGGUGGUGGACAUCCGUGUAAGCCAGCAGAGACCAGGUCUCGUGUCGCUUCACUUUACUGUUGGUGAGCAGCAGAGCAAAGUGACCAUUGACGUGCCUCCGGAGCACCCCUUUUUUGUGUUCGGGCAGGGCUGGUCGUCCUGCAGCCCCGAGCGCACGGCCCAGCUUUAUGGCCUGGCUUGCCAUCAUCUGCAGGUAGGAGAUGUGUGUGUGUCCAUCACCCUGCAGCAGCAGCAGCUUCAGCCUCAGCAGCAGAAACAACCACAGCACAAUCAUUCACAGCAACAACAGCAGCAGCAGCAGCAACAGCAACAGCAACAGCAGCAGAACCUGUCCAGGACUUUGAGCAAAACCAACGCCACAUCAGGACUUGGUCAUCAGCUCAUGGGGCCUCCUGCCCCCCAGCAGUCACGGCCUCAGUCUCAUUUCAGGAUAGACCGCAGCCACAGAGAAAGACAGAGGGAUGGGGAGAAAGACAUGGCUGAUAAGGAGGAAGCAACAUAUUUGGGGGUUGUUGGCCACACUGAGUCGCCCAUCAGACCAAGUAGGACCACAGCGGAGCAUCCGAGGAGCCAGAGCAGUUACCACUUGCACACAGAAGGCUCUGCUUUUGCAGGGGCGGGGAUGGGAGCAAUGCAUCCUUCGCUCAGUGCCUCUCAGAGACGCUGGUCCUCACCUGGCCUCCAAAGAUACAGUAUGAAGGGAGACGAAGGGCCACGCCCUCAGAUAAGCAACUCCGGCCACAUAAGGCCCUCGUUCAUCCCCCAGGAGGUCAAACUGUCCAUAGAGGGGCGCUCUAAUGCAGGAAAGUAGCAUCACGUUUGGUAGCAAAUAUAGAAGAGACUGCCAUCAGUAAGAAUGAGUCUGACAAGGAGAGAAAGAGGAAACAAAGAGUGUGAAUGUAGCCUCAGAAUGUUUGAGAUUUUGCACACCUAAAAAUUUACAAAAAUACAAGAUCUUUCUGUGUCUGGUGAGAAGUUCUGGUUUGUUUUGGUUGUCACUCGGCCAAAGGAUCGGAGCCAGUGCUUUCCCAGCCAGCUGAGGGCUGAUGGGGACAUGAGAAGCUGAGUAGAAAGUAUGUAGCUGACUACCAUAGUCCUUACACACUGCAAUUCUCUUCCUCCCUCCCUCCCUCCUUUGUCGUCACUUCCUCAUACCUAUGCUUGGAGGUUCCCAUCGCAUUCAAAACUGUCUCACUUCCUUUUUGACCAAACUGUCUCUUUGGAAGACCACGGACUACAAAGAAUGUUUGUAGCUCAGUAAAGCUACCGACUCUGCAAAGAUCACAGCCAGGGAUCUUUUAUCUCCAUUCCCAGGAUCCUGUUUACUUCAAAAGCAUUUACCCAAAAAAAAAAAAGAGUGGAGUUGCUGAUAUCAGCAUCACCUCUGGUGAUGUCGGCGCUGUUGACGCUAACUGUGAGGAGUCUGAAAACCUCUACUGUCAUCAGAGAUUCCUUCCCCCCUUCUUCCUCUUGUUGGUCUGCAAGGAAUGGGGUUCUCUCUCAGGCCUCAAGUGCAGCAUGUCCUGCUUGUCUUACAAUCGAAAUAACGAUGAAUCAAUCAAGUCUUGUCUAUUCUGCAAUCAGUGUCAACUCCAAAAAAUAUAUUUGCUUUUAUUACACACCAUCACUCCCUCCGGUUUAGAUGGAGGGCCUUAAAGAGUGGGUUUGUUUGCAUGAAUGCCGCAGAUUGAAAAUUGUUCACAUUGGGUAUUAGAAAUGUUUUGCAUUUACCUUCAUCCUCUUUCAGAAUCAUGCCCCCCACCCCCCACCUCCCGCCUCAAGAUAACCUUACCAAAGCCAUCUGUGGGAGUGACAGCACCCUGUCACAUCACUGGCUGUGCAGCCCACUUCAGCCUAAACCCUGCAUGAAGAGGUCUCUUCGUCCUCACCUUGAGUUCCUCUUGCUCAGUUACCAAAAUUAAAGCAAUAGUUCUUUUACAGCUCGUGGCUUUACCGCUCUCUAAUCCUUUGGUUUUAUAUUUCUAAACAUCAGAGGUAUGAGACCCUCCUGACCCUCUUUUAACCCAGACUUUGAAAGCUGAUGCACUAUUCAUCUUUAUUGAUUUGUCAGUCGUUCUACAAAAGCAAAUCCUUUUCUUCAGAAAUGUUUGUAGAUAAACCUGCUCGUCUUUGAAUUUCCAUCUCACCAAUGAUCUUUUAUUUUACUCAAGUACAUCUCCAAGAGAGACUUGACUCUAAUUAAGUUUUGAUCAUGAUCAAGUUCUCUUCUGUCUUUUGUUUUUAACAUUUAACAUCCUUCGCUUUUUGUACCAGGAUAUCUUAUCCAGUGUAUCUUAUGAUUGUCUCGUGUUGCACAUAGAAACUGUCACUCAUUGAUUUCACACUGACCUUGUUAAUAGGAAUCACAGCCCAGUAGGUGUUUGUUUUUUAAUGAAGGGAAUAUGUUUGAAGUAAUAUUGCUUUGUGGCAUGUGCGCAAGAGAAAGAAACAACUGAUGUGCAUUUUCUCUGUUUACAAAUUAGCCAAGAUGAAUGCUGCAGUUUCCUCCUCCUGAGGUAUCAUUGUCACUCGAAAGAUCUGAAAGGGUGAAACAGAAAAUAAGUGCAAUUAGACCACACAUAAAAUCAUUGAGGUUUACGAUCAGAUAGCAUUCCUCACGCAGACAUUCCCAUCACAAAAUAGAAAUCACACACUUCUCUUGUUUUCUGUCAUCGAUCUUAAAACUAGCCUCUGUGAGAACAUUUGACUAGGUUUCAAUAUUUCUUGCUUUUUUCUUUUAUUUCUUUCCCCUGUCAGUUACAUGGUCGUAAAGUUGUGUGGGACUAAUGUGUUGAACUAGUUUGUCCAUCACCCUCAGACACUGUUGUGAACGUCUGUUCCUCUCUGAAGCCAUCGUGGUUCACUGAGUAGAACACCCUGACCCUCUGUCAGCAGACAGAGGCGCCAUGAGGUGACGUAUCAGACAGGGUAACCUGAACCGGCCCCUGGUGCUGUUACUACGAGCAGCUUUAAAAGACGGCUCCACAUUUUUCCAGUUCUGUUUUAAAACAGUUCUCUGAUGCCCGUAAAGACUUACUGCUCGCUGUAAACAUUCCUCCUGUGUUCAGUGGCUGCGUAAAGAUUACUUCCUGAUGUUAUUCCAGUGUAAGUGAUAUGGGACUAAACCAGCUUUCAUGUUUUUGUUUAUUAAAGCACCUCAAGUUAAUAUGAGACUUGAGCAGUCACAGAUGAAUCAAUCUUUCAAAUUUAUCAUGGUAUGAAAUUCACUCUUUAUUUUACUGCUCCUGUGCUGCUGCUCAGCAAGAAUACGCUGUCAUGGGAAACGCAGGGAGGGAAUUUCAUACUAGAACUAGAGUGGCAAUCAGUGUAAUGUGCAUCUCCAGCCAAGACAAAAAGCCCCAGUAGAUUAAAAUAACCAGCUACAAAUUUCACACGCUGGUAGAAAUCACUCCCCUUAAUAUUCCUGAUUUUUUCAUCCAGUGGUGAAAUGCUAAAAAUAAAAAAAGAAGCCCAAUUUCACAAUGUAAACAGAGGAGAAAAAAAGAUUCCUGGAUCCGCCCCUUGGUCUGGAAAAGUGCCAACAUUUCAUGGGUUCUUUCUUGGCCCACGUCCCGUCCUUCCAUAAAGUUUUGUGGAAAUCUGUUGAGUAGCGUUUGUGUAAUCCUGCUGACAAACAAACAAUAUCUCCUUGCCAAAGGUAAUUUCUACCUUCAGAUGAUUCACCCACAUGAUUUCAGUACAACUGCUUAAAAUUCUUAUCAGCUACAGAUUAACUGUCAAUGCAUUUACUCACAGAACUUGCUUCUCCGGAAGAAUGUGCUUCACCCCAUCACUUAAACUGGAAUCCCAUUUGGAAUAGAUCACUGCAAGGCCAAUAUUAAGAAGAGGAACGUUUACAAUGACAAAUAAAUCUUUCUGUGUACUUUCAAAGUACUAUAGACCAACUAGUGUUUUGGUAAAAUCAACUGGAAAAAUGAGAACUUGAUCUUUAAAAGGGUGUGAAAUGGGAGAUUCAUUCAGAAAAUGAUUGAGUACAGUUUUAAAACAUCUUGCCAUCCAAAGCUCAGCCUGUAUAAUUUCUUCUUUUUUCAUGCUUUAAGCAAUAUGCAUAAACCUGAUAUCAUUUCAUGUAGUCUUGGCAUGUUCUAUGCAGUAACCUCAGUGUUGUACCCUUCAAUGUCUUAAACACAGCUCUUUGAAGCUGUAGGGCAGGUUGUCAGAUGCAGUCAUUUCCCGUUAAUGUCUGGUUAUAGGAUUUUUACUUCCAAUAGGAAUAUACACCAGUAUUUUGCUUUGUUACUUUUCCUCUAUCAGUGGUCCCCAAUCUGACGCAUCACGUUCUCCUUUGUCUUCUUACGAUGCUACACAGUCGGAGCCAAAUCACUCAAGACGGGCAUCACUAAGAUGUUCACGUGUUUAUUCAGCAUUAGUUUGGUACAACUGCCAAGCCACUUCAACAUCGUAUUACUAGGUCAAGAUGCAUUUAAUGGGAUUCAAACGGUGCAAAGCAGUGCCUCCUGUGACUUUACCUCCUGCUAAUUCUCACAGCAUGACCAUCGUGCGCAGCCAUGAGCCCUCUGCUCUGAGCAGUGUGCGCUCGACUUCUACAAAGAUGUCCAGGGAAUCGUCUUCACAUCUCUGAUAGUCUGUCGCUGUCUGUAAUUGCACUAAACGCCCUCCUUUACAGUGUUUUUUUAAAUUGAAAAAACAGUUGACAAAUUGAAGAGUUUCAAAGUGAAAAGCACACGAAAUCAAGGAGAAAUCACCGGUUGUGUGUUUGUGUAGAUAAACGCAUAUUCUUUUUUUUUUGUAUAGUUUUGAAGAUGCUUGUCAAUAAUGCCUUAAAUUCUGCUGUGUACAAUGUGUGAAAUUGAAAUAAUGGAAUAAUGCUUCUGGUAGACUCUGUAUUGCCCCUUCAGGCUCGACACUUUUCACGUUUCUCAGCAGAAACUCUUCUUCAGAUGUCUCAAAGGGCGACAGUGAAUCUUCUUUGGUCCUCAGACCAUGAAGUCUACAGUACUUUUUGUUCAUGUGUGUGGGUUUCCUCUUUUUUUAAUUUUCUAUUCUGUUUUCUGCUUCUUUUUUUUUAAUACACUAGAUACUUUUAACAUUUAGCUUCUAGUUUUCAGUGUGUGCAAGUGAAGUGAAUGGAAGCUCUUCUGUGCGCUUUUUACAAGAUGAUGCCAAGAGUGUCAGCAACAGAGGGCAGUCCGUUGAUUCCACACACACACAUGCACAUCUGUUGUUUUUAUUGUUGUUGCACAAGCUCUGCAGUUUUUUAUUUUAUUUUAUCCCAGGAAUUAAUGGGUUGUGUUUGGUGUCAUGUGUUUUGUCCAACAGUCACUGGACAGCAGAGGGUGGGUUUUAAUUCAGAGACAGACCGGCUGCAUCAAUCCGAUAUGUAGCAUUGUUGGCAAUGUGAUGGUUUUUCUAAUGUUAUGUGACGUUUGACCCAGUAUUUGAACUGCAAAGGUGAAUUUAGGACGGUUUUGUUGUUUCUGAUGUCAAAUUUAAAAUCAGGAGAAUUGAAUGGUUAAAAGUUUUAAAGAAGUCUGUAUUUUCAGAUUUGACAUUGUACUUUUUUGGCACAAAGUGACACUGCUUUUUAUGUGAUGUGUAACCAUUGAAAAAACGAAACAAAAAACAGCAUCUUUUUUUUUUUUCUCUAAAUGCCUAAAUCUGCAAAAUAUAUGCAAUGAUGUAUGUGUAACAUUCAAUCCUCAAGUAUAAUCCAGGUUGUAUGAACUUUGUAUAGUGAGUUUUAAUAUCGUAUGGCCGUACCAAUAUGUAUUGAUCUUUAUCAGAAGCCUUAGAGUUGUCGACCCAAAGUGCUCCCUUAGAAUACCCUACACCUACCUGACUUUAACAAAGCAUUAAUAUCUCUAUUUUGUUGCAUUUUUAUUUGUACCCUUUUUGAAUAAAAUAGAUUUGUACUGUA